CCAGGACAAGCCUUCCGUAGCUUCUGCGCCCCAGGUCCUUGACCUACCGGACUAAUUUUCAAGUUUGAAAGUUUGAUUAUUAAAAACGUCAUGUUUUGUGCUAUCAAUCCAAUAUGCAUGCUCCAGAUAACAUUUUGGAUCCGAAAAAAAACAAAGCGACCAGGAUCAACAAAUUGCAAUUGUAAAAAGCUUUCUCCAACCGCAAGAUGUGGAAUUAAUGGGUGCAUAAUAUCCUCGAGAUUUACGCUUGAAGCCGAUGGUGAUCGGGGUCGUGAGACUCGAGACUACUGCAGACUGGCCAAGGAAAAGGCGAUCGCGGCUAAGGAGGACGCCGAAAAGCAGGCCAAGUACGAGGCCAUGCUGAGUCAGAUGAUGUUCGAACUCUGUGAGGAAACCGCCCUGCUCCUGUUUCCUUGGGUCUUCGUAGACGAGGAGGGCAAUCCCAGGGACAAAAAGAACGCACCACCCUACGUGGAACUCGUUACCGAUUUAUUCGAGCAGUGCUUCGACGUCGUCGAGGAAGUACAAAUCCAACUGACCGAGGACAUCAUCAAGGAUAUGUUCACCGAGAGCAAUUUCGAAAUCACCGAGGACAUCAUCUUCGGCUUAACCGAGGGCAAGUGCAUGAUCAUGAGGCUGAAGGGCAGACCACCGCACCCUGAUUGGCCGGUUAAAUAUCCCGUUGAGUGUCCCGACGAAUCGACCGAUUGUCCAGUCCGAGUAAUAAACGACGUGGAGAAGUACUUGUCGAAGAUAAUCUACGACGAACCUCCACCUCUGAUCCACGGCGCUGGAGCUCUGCUUCCACCGACCAGAACCUCCUACGAAAUCAAGGACUUUGCCAGCCGGCACGUCCAUGUUCAUGAACCGGACCCCGAGGUGGAGGACGACGUGAAACGGACUUACCCAGCAGUCUGGGUUCCUCCUCAAGCCAGAAGCAAGGUCCACGUCUUCAAGACCAUAUUUCCGCAGUACAUGGAGAGCUAUCAUCCGUACGAAGAGACGCCACCACCGCUACCGAAGUGCUUCUUCAAAUACAAAUCCCAGAGGAUCAAGGAACUCGCGGAGGCUCUUUCGAAUCACGCUGAGGCCGUCGAACGGUUCGGUGUAUUUGAAAUGGACAAUCCACCGAUGGCGAAGCGGAUUGCCUCGUCGCUUGAAAGCUUCGAGAAAAAGGUUCACCUUGUUCAGAUUUACAUAAUUUCGUACUACAGACGUACAUUCAUGUUCCAAAGGUGAAGUACCCGACCGGCUACGAGGUUUUCAUCGUUGUCGUGAACCACGUUAACGAGGAAACUUUCCUUGGGUUUGCGGGUAUCGAGCCGUACUUUGAGAGCCAAAGCGAAGAGGAAACUCUGGAAUUGAUUGAUCUCUACUUUCCGGAAAGCGCCGUCGACGAACUGCCCAUUGGACUCGGUGACUCUUUGCUGGAUGUUGACGAAGAAGAGGAAUACGAAGACGAGGAAGAAGAGGAGGAGGAGGACAACGACGAUGACGUUGACGACAGGGAUUUGUUCGAUUCGAUCAUGUAAAAGAACCUGCAGAUUCCACGAUUCCCUUAUACAGGGUACCUGAUGCAGUCCAAUCGUGUGUUAAGCAGCUAGUGGAAUAUUUUUGCGAUGCAAGUUUCAUGGUCUUGAGGGUUUCGUGGUCAUCAUUGAUUAUCACGUACGCUGAAAACCACCAUAAUUACACUCCGUGAUAAAUCGUUACCUGUCCCAAUCAAAAUCUGACCCUUGAUCCGCAGACAUGACGAUUUGAAAUCGUAAACGGCAAAUAUAAACUCGUCCUUGUUGCAUUGACCUCUGGUUGACAAAAAGAAUCUGUUGAUUCAACAAUUGUCGACGUGAUGUCAUUAUCUUUUUGCCACGAAUAGAGACCUCUCAAUUACUAAUCGAGCAAAAACUAAAGAAUAAUUAAAGAACACGCGUAAGCACACGGUGUUAUUAUAAUCAUCGUAAAACUGCUUCCAACCUUGCGCUACAUCAAUUAGGAAACUGUCGCUUCGACGAGGUAGAGAAACAGUUGAGAGUUGUUGGUAUGCUGGAAACCAUAGUUCGUAAGCUUGGUGAAAAAUACGAAGCCCGCAAUAUAAUGCAACAUGGUGCAAUAUUAGAAAGCGGUCGAGAGAUUGAAUCAAACGGAAACCAUGGAGGAUAAUGAAAAUUGUCGUGUGCAUACAACGCACAUUUAUCGAUGCGAUUCUUCGUACGCUAUUUUUACGAUCUAGUUAUGACGAAUGCUGAACGGCUACAACUUAGCGUGUAAUCGGCUCCAAGUUGACUCAGAUUGUGCUUUUUAUUCACCUUCGAGGAACACAGAGAUUUCUUAUAUUUUUCGACUUGUAACCGUGCGUGAUGGAAUGACUGUUUAUGCAUCGUUCACCUUGUUUGGCGGUUGAUGCUUCUCGGUGAGGGUCAUACGUAGAAUCCGUAAAACCCGACCAUGCAAUGCCACGCAAUCAACUACAGCAAGCCAUCUCAUCCCCCUUCUAAUUGUUAACCGUAUCCACAAGUGCGUUACAACAUACAAGCCUCUUAAUGGUACUUAUCGGCCAUGAUUCAGGCCGCAUUUGCAUAGUGAUUAAUGAAUCCAUGUAAAAACUACGAUGAUUCUGCUCACGCCUACGACAAAAAUUCUUCUGCUCAUUGGCCGCGGUUCCUCGUCACCGACCAACCGACACAUCGUGCUUACGUUAUGUAUCCCACACGUCGAGGUAACGAAGACUGCUUGGCAUGCUUCGCGAAUAAUAUACAACUCCGAAUUGUACAAGGUUGCGAUCUUCGUUACGUUACACGUUCGCUGAUCAUCGGCUGCUACUUCAACUCCGCGUUCAGAUUUUACGAUGCACACAUGCGGUGUU